AAAUUUGCAAAAGAGGUGUGGUUGGGGCGUGGUCAAUCUGCACACCUUCCUCAUGGCGGCCCGAGCCUUUCUUGAACAAUAUAUGGAGUGCACUGACUCGCUUCCUCUAGAUGUACAGAGACUCGUGUCGCAAUACAAGGAGCUGGAUUAUAAAGCUACUGAUCUUUUAGAUGAAGCACGCCAGUUGAAGAAUGAACACUCGACUGUUCUGAAAUCAGUGGGUGUGGCUGAUCGUAUCCAUUGGUUACUGAAGCUACAGAAAGCAAUGGUUUCGCUCACUGAAGUUGGAGACCAAAAACUUGAAGUGACCAGCGAAAUGCUUGAUACUGCUGAAGAGUACACUCAGCAGUUAGAGUUAGCAUCAAAGGAGGUUGACAAUUGUCGUACAAGAGACGAUCUCAGCGGAGGCUCGAGAAACUCGUUUGUCUACAAGAACUCGUCGCUCACCAAUAUUCAUCAUGAUUAUAAUGAAAGAAAGCGAAAUGAAAGACACCACAAGCGUUCAAGAGUGACCGUAGUACAAGAUCAUAUAGAAGAGGACUCACCUCCUCUUCCUCCUAUUGCAGAAAACCCCAUCAAAGAGGCACCAGUUCCCAUGACUACCUCCUCCUCUUCUUCGUCCACGGCUGCCUCCAAGCCAACAAAGAAAAAAGUCAAAAUCAAGAAAAGGUCCUCUAAUGUCUCUAAUGCUAGCUCAAGUACUGGUAACAGUGGGAAGGACAGUGGGGUCCUCCUACCGGUGGGCGGGGCUAUACCUCAGCCGGACUUUAACUCGGAGCCGAUAGACCCAGACGAGCCAACAUACUGCUUAUGUAAUCAAGUCUCUUUUGGUGAAAUGAUAGGUUGUGACAAUGAGGAGUGUUCCAUCGAGUGGUUUCAUUUUGUGUGUGUUGGAUUAACCAGCAAACCAAAAGGAAAGUGGUACUGCCCCCAGUGCUCAAAGGAGAGAUCAAAACACAGAUCAAACAAAUCAUGAGAUGGAACCUAACACACACCUCCCUCCUCCUCCCUCCCUCUCUCUUUAUCACAUCACACAUGCACACAAUGUUGUAGACAUGAUUACAAAAAAUUUUAUCGAAAAAAUGAAUUUCGUAG